CAUUUAAGUAAGCGUCUAGCAACUCGGAUAAAAUAAAAUUAAAAUGCAAAAAUAUGAAAAAUUAGAGAAAAUCGGGGAAGGUACCUAUGGGACUGUUUUCAAGGCCAAGAACCGAGAGACCCAGGAGAUAGUAGCCUUAAAGAGAGUGAGACUUGAUGAUGAUGACGAGGGUGUUCCGAGCUCAGCAUUGAGAGAAAUUUGUCUGUUGAAGGAGCUAAAACAUAGAAACAUUGUCAGACUACACGAUGUUCUUCACAGUGAUAAGAAGCUGACCCUGGUCUUUGAAUAUUGUGACCAGGACCUGAAGAAAUACUUUGACAGCUGUAAUGGUGAGAUUGAUCAGGAUACUGUCAAGAGUUUUAUGUACCAGCUUCUGAGAGGUCUGGCAUUUUGUCACAGUAACAAUGUUCUACACAGAGAUCUAAAGCCACAGAACCUUCUUAUUAACAAGAAUGGAGAACUGAAGCUGGCUGACUUUGGGCUGGCACGAGCAUUUGGUAUUCCAGUCCGUUUCUAUUCUGCAGAGGUUGUUACACUGUGGUAUCGUCCUCCGGAUGUGCUGUUUGGGGCCAAAAUGUAUUCAACAUCCAUCGAUAUGUGGUCUGCAGGAUGUAUAUUUGCAGAGAUGGCAAAUGCAGGGCGUCCAUUAUUCCCAGGAAAUGAUGUGGAAGACCAACUGAAAAGAAUAUUUAAGUUAUUGGGAACCCCAACAGAAGAAACCUGGCCAAAUAUCACACACCUACCAGACUAUAAGCAAUAUCCGAUGUACCAUGUCAGCACGACGUGGCAGCAAGUUGUACCGAGGUUGAAUGUGAAGGGACGGGAUCUGCUUCAGAGAUUACUGGUGUGUAACCCCAGCGGUCGACUAUCGGCAGAAGAAGGAUUGCAACACGGCUACUUUAACGACCUAAGCCCCUCAAUACGACUGCCCUCUGACCCCUUCUGAACCCUGCUCUUUUAUUUCCAGGCCCGAAACUGUGCUCUUGUUUUCUUUUCAGAGAUAUUGGCAAUGGAUUGUGCUUGCCUGGUGUAAUUGUCAUAUUGAAUCAAAUUCAUGUGAAUUUUCCAUGGCUUUUACAUGUUUUCUUUAGUUUAAAAUGAACAUUCAAAUCAUGGCAACUUGGCAAAUCUGUCAAUAUAUUUUAAGCCAUUUCGAUUUUAUGAUAAUAUUGAGAGUUUUGGUUAAAAUCAAAUUUUAGCUGUUAUACUUUCAUAUUGAUUGUGCUAAAGAUACAUUGAAAUAUAAAGAUAUUCCAGCGAGGA